UUUCUGAAAUUCAUCAGAAACCCGAACACGGCCUAACUCUCUCUCAUGUCAUCCGUCUAGCUCCGAAUCCUAUCUGACUCUCUCUCUCUAAACCAAACCCUAAUCAGCUCCGCUCCCAACCGUGAACCGCCGAGAGAUAUCGGAUUCGACUCCGCUGAAGUUAAAUGCGUGUGGCGGAGAUCUUCGUCAUCAACGAUGGACCUCUGGAACGACGAUUUCUCACAGCUCGAGAUUGGGACUACCGUCGACUCGCUUCAGAGUUUUUUGGCUUCGCAGAGAGAACUCUUCCAAAGCCAGAUCGACCAGUUUCAGCAUAUCGUUGUCACGCAAUGCAACCUCACCGGCGUCAAUCCUCUCUCCCAAGAAAUGGCAGCUGGAGCUCUGUCAAUAAAAAUUGGAAAAAGACCCAGGGAUUUGUUAAAUCCCAAGGCUGUAAAUUACAUGCAAUCAGUUUUUUCCAUUAAGGAUGCAAUUAGCAAGAAAGAAUCUCGCGAGAUCAGUGCUAUGUUUGGUGUCACAGUCACUCAGGUUCGUGACUUCUUCACUAGUCAACGUUCAAGAGUGAGGAGACUAGUUCAGUUGUCAAAGCAGAGGGCAUUAAGGUCUAGUUCUUGUGAAGAGCCUCAUGGUGAGCAAAUAAACUCCGAUCAUGUGAGACCAAUAAAUCCACCUCUCUUAGACACUGCUGGCUCCACCAAUGCUGAAGAAACAUCUUGUUCAACACAGGAAGCGGCUUUGUCUGACCUAGAUGACUCAGAUAAACACUUUGUUGAGAACAUUUUUAGUCUAAUUCAGAAAGAGGAAACAUUUUCUGGGCAGGAGAAAUUGAUGGAGUGGAUAUUGACGAUACAGAAUUUCUCAGUAUUGUCUUGGUUUUUGACGAAAGGGGGUGCAAUGAGUUUAGCAACUUGGUUGAAUAAAGCAGCUGUUGAAGAGCAAACAAGUGUCCUUCUUCUUAUCUUGAAGGUACUUUGUCAUUUGCCUUUACAUAAAGCCCUUCCAGCACACAUAUCAGCUAUAUUGCAGAGUGUUAAUGGACUACGCUUCUAUAGGACACAAGACAUAUCAAACAGGGCAAGGGUUUUGUUAUCCAAGUGGAGCAAACUAUUAGCAAGGAACCAAGCAUUAAAGAAACCUAAUGGUGUUAAAACUUCUGGUGAAAAACAGAUGAUGCUUUCUCAUAGGCAAGCUUCUGAAUCAUGGCAUUCAAAUAUUGAUCUUCCUGAAGACAUCCUUGCUCCUUCAAAUGAAUAUUCGGAUAAUUUCAGGAAACUGGAACCUCUUCAAGCUCUGAAACUUUUGCCACCCUCAGAUGAUUCUCAUAAGAAGCCCACCCUCGGCGUAUCUUCAUCUCAUGCCAGAGAGCGCAGAAAAGUACAAUUGGUGGAACAGCCGGGCCAAAAAUCAGUGAGCAGAAGCCCACAGGUUGCUAGAGUAGCGCCUGUAAGUCAAAGUCGUCCCAUGUCUGCUGAUGAUAUCCAGAAAGCAAAAUUGCGUGCAUCAUUUAUGCAGAGUAAGUAUGGGAAAACUGGUUCUUCAAAAGAAAGUAAAGAACCAAAAAUUGUUAGUCUGAAUAAACCUCAGACAAAUCAGGUCAGUAUUGCAGUUUCCUCUUCUAAAGUCCAUGUUCCACCCAAAAUUGAAGAAGACAAGAAGCCUCCGGUUCUUCCCUCUAAAAACACUAUCAGGCUGGAUGCUUCUUAUUCUAAAUUGAAAAUGGAUUUGAAGGAAUCUCCGUGGGAGAAGUGCAAGAGGGUGCAAAUACCGUGGAAAACACCAGCAGAGGUGAAACUUAAUGAUACCUGGAAAGUUGGCAAUGGUGAAAAUAGCAAGGAGGUUGAUGUCCAGACAAACAGACACCGCAGGGAAAAAGACACUAUUUAUCAGACUAUCAAAGAGAUGCCAUCCAACCCGAAGGAGCCAUGGGACCUCGAAAUGGAUUAUGAUGACACCUUGACACCAGAAAUUCCUAUUGAACAGCUACCAGACGGUGAUAGUGCAGAAGUAGUAGCUACCCCCAAUGAUGUUGCAACUCAUGCUGUUCAAAGCGUGGCGUCCACAUCCUCAACUGGCAACGCAGCUCCGGCCGAACCUGAUUUAGAAUUGCUUGCUGUACUGCUAAAAAAUCCGGAGUUGGUAUUUGCCUUAACUUCUGGACAAGCCGGUAACAUACCAAAUGAGGAAACAAUGAAGCUGCUUGACAUGAUCAAGAGAAGUAGUGUGAACUUGGGUUUAGGUGAAAAUACAAAUGGCAAUCUCAGCAAUAAUGCAAAGUCUCCGGAGACGGUGGAAGUUUCUCUCCCAUCUCCAACUCCUUCAAAUGAUCCAAGAACGAAUGGAUGGAGCACAGAAGCAUCAAAGAAUCCUUUUACACGGCGAGGUAUGGCGCCUGACAGAAUUAUCCAGAACUCUGCUGCAGUUGCCACCACCAACUUAUUAAGGCAACAGUCAACAGUUGUGGUUCCACCUUCAAAUCAUCUCACAAGCUCAGCAGUUUCUCCAUAUUCACUGCCUCAUGCAGCUAAUUUCAUUCCUGAAAAGCAACCAGCACCCACUCUUUCCUCUGUGCACGUACAAGCACAAUCCUCGGAUUUCGGUUUAACCAUGAAGAAGAACAUAACCACUGCAAAUGCGGCUUCAGUUAACUUACAGGAGACACAUUCGCAUCUAGAAUUGCGGUCUGAUACCAGGAGUUAUGUAAAACCAGUAGCUAAUUUGAGUGUACGAGAAGGUUUGUCUAAUUCAUUACCACAAUCCUUCAUGUUGACCUCAAGAACACCAUCUCACCCAGCCACACAACAACAAAGACAUCAUCCACAUUUGCUCCAUCAGGCCCAUUUCACUGAACCUUCCUAUCGUAACCCUGUCCAGUCCUAUCCACCACAAAUUGAAAAACCUGGUCCGUCAGAUUUGUGGAGAGAAAGGCAGGAUGUGUCAUCCAGUUAUCAUUCUCAAAGAAUUCAUAACAACUACAACACAUUGAUUGGGGAAUCCAUGCAAUCUGGUUCUUAUGAUAGAAAUAAUGAUGGAAGUGAAGGUUUCGAAACAUGGAGUCCGGAAAAUAGUCCAACUAGAAAUCCUAGGUAUGUUCCAGGUAGAAAUUUCCCAGAGUCCAGAAUGAAUAAUGUAAGAAAUCCUAGACAUGAAUGGUCAAGGCAACGGGGUUCUUCUGGAAACUGGGGCCCUGACAGGCAUGGGAACAAAAGGUGGAAUGAUCAGAGACGAUGAUCUAUUUGUUAAGAUUGAUUUGGUCAUAGCGGGAUUUUAUCUGACUCAUUAAUUUUCUGGAUGUAGAGUUGGAUGCUGAUAAGAAUGGUUUUCCUUUUGGUGAUUGGAAAACCUGACAUGGGAUUAAACCUCUCUUUGAGGUGGUUGUUGGAUAAGGGUGUGAUAUUAUACUCACAGCGGGUGCAGUGUUCAGAAUAUCGUGAGUUUGACUUAUUUGUCAAUUGUAAAAUAGACAUUUGUUCAGGUACUUUUGAAAAUGAGAGAGUUAAGGACCGUUCAUUUUAUUAUUUAA